GUUUCGCUUUCGCUCGAUUGCAGGAAAGGGACAGCGAGAGAAGAUGAACGGUGGAAAUCCUCCUUCAGGACCCCCCAAGUCCUUUGUGGAGGUGGCCGUCUUCUUCACGAAGGAGGAAUGGACUCUGCUGGAUCCAGCCCAAAGAGUCCUGUACUGGGAAGUCACGCAUGAGAAUUACGAGACAGCAGCCUCUCUGGGACUUUGGGUUCCUGGACCAUUUGUUGGUUCUCAGCACCAUCCAACAGGAAAGUGGUUCCUCCAGAGUGAUGAAGAAUCGGACAGGUGUGCUGUCGUCCCCUUGUCAGGAGAUGCACCAGAGACUGAGAGACGGGGGCUACUAGGAGGAGUGUCUUUAGAAAGAGACCACGAUCUGGAAGUGGAACGUUGGGAUGGAGGUGGACCACAGGGGCAGCUGACAGUAAAGAGGGAAGGAAAACAGAAGCGGGGGAAGGAAUUGGUUGCUUGUCAGGGCAGAAACAUCUACAAAAUCCCAGUGCAAAGCAAAAUACAAAAAGAAAAGAAAGGGGAUAAGUGCCCCAUGAGAGGGAAAAGGUUCAGCCCCAUAUUCAGUAUUAAGGUAAAACAGAAAAUCCACACAGGCAAGAAACCACAUAAAUGCUUGGAGUGUGGCAAGAGCUUCUCUUGGAAUUCUCACCUAAUGAUACAUCAAAGGGUGCACACAGGAGAGAAACCAUAUGAGUGCUUGGAGUGUGGGAAAACAUUCUCUGACACAGGAUCCUUUAUUAAGCAUCAAAGAGUGCACACAGGGGAGAAACCAUAUAAAUGUCUGGAGUGUGGGAAGAGCUUCAGUCAGAGUAGCAACCUUAGUUUACAUCAGAAAAUUCACACAGGAGAGAAGCCAUAUAAAUGUCUGCAAUGUGGGAAGAGGUUUUCUACUAAUAAGUACCUAACUGCACAUCAGAGGAUUCACAAAGAGGGGAAGAAACAUAAAUGCUGGCAAUGUGGAAAGAGCUUCAGUCAGAAAGGAGAACUUACUUCACAUCAAUGUGUUCAUACUGGGGAGAAACCAUUUAAGUGCUUGGAGUGUGGGAAGAGCUUCUCUCACAGUAGCAAUCUAACUAAUCAUCAUAGGAUUCAUACAGGGGAAAAGCCAUAUAAAUGCUUGGAGUGUGGGAAGAGCUUCAGUCAGAGCACACAUCUUUCAACACACCUCCUGCUUCACACAGGUGAAAAACCGUAUCAGUGUUCAGAAUGUGGGAAGAGCUUCACUUGCAGAGGCAACCUCACUAAACAUCAAAGGAUUCACACAGGGGAGAAGCCAUAUAAAUGCUUGGAGUGUGGGAAGAACUUCAGGCACAGCACAAGACUUUCAUCACACCUCCGGCUUCACACAGCGGAGAAACUGUAUCAGUGUUUAGAAUGUGGGAAGAGCUUCUGUCAGAAAUACCACUUUACUUCACAUCAACGUAUUCACAUUGAGAAGGGUCCAUUUCAGUGCUCUGAUUGUGGUAAGAACUUUUGUAAUAAAUCAGUCCUUAAUCAACAUAAUAGGAUCCAUACAGGAGAGAAGCCAUAUACAUGCUUGGUGUGUGGGAAGAGCUUCUCUUAUAGUGGAAACCUGAGUAAACAUCAGAGGAUUCACACAGGGGAGAAAUUGUAUGAGUGCUCAGAAUGUAAGAAGAGCUUCAGACAGAGAGACCAUCUUACUUCACAUCAAUACAUUCAUACUGGGAAAUACCCAUUUAAAUGCUCUGAUUGUGGAAAGAGCUUUUCUAGUAAAUUUAGUCUUAAUCAGCAUAACAGGAUUCAUUCAGGAGAGAAGCCCUUUACAUGCUUGGAAUGUGGGAAGAGCUUUUCUGCUAAUAAGUACCUAACUGUACAUCAAAGGGUUCACACAGGAGAGAAGCCAUAUACAUGCUUAGAGUGUGGGAAGAGCUUUUCCCAUCGUGGUCACCUCACUAGACAUCAGAGGAUUCACACUAGGGGGGGAAAUAUCUCAUCUAGACGAGUUGUUCACACAGUAGAGAAGCCAUCUAAAUUUAAUCAAUUUACGAUGGAAUGGAGAGGGAUAGAAGUUUUAGGUUGUGUUGGGGUCUGUUAUGGAUACUCGGGAUCCUUGAAAGCCGACCCCCUCCUCUUCUCAUCAGACAGGUUUGACUCCCAUCUGUCCAAAGAACCCCAAAGAAUCAUUGACUACUUUGGGUGCAUGAGCACUCUGGGCUGGAGCCUGUUGCCAAACUUCAGGAAGAAUUUGGCUUUUUCGGCGGUUGCAAGAAAGGUGCAGUGCAGAUUUCUGAAGGAGAUGGCGGGCACGGGGGAGGGGGCGGGAACUGGCGUCCUUGAAGGGGUCUGGAGACCAGCCUGUCCUGCCUUCUGCACCACCCUUUCUUCCUUUCCCCCGUCUCUGCUUCUCAUCUGGCUGGAUUCCCAGUUAGGGUUGCCAAUCUCUAGAGACAGAGAGUGUCCUGGUAGGAACUUCGAAGUCCCUGGAUCUCGCCGAUCCAGCCGGACGGGCGGUACCGAGAUGAGGGGAGUCCCUGGAUGCGCUGAUCCAGCGGACGUCGAGGUGGCCAUAUUGUUCACAGAGGAGGAAUGGUCUCUGCUGGAUACAGCCCAGAGAGCUCUGUACUGGGAAGUCAUGCAGGACACUUACGAGACUGUGGACGCUCUAGGACUUUGGACUCCUGGACCACUCCUUGAUUUGCAGCACCAUCAGAGAGAAAUGUGGUUCCUCCAGGGCACUGAAGAAUCAGGCGGGUGUUCUGGUGUCCACUUGUCAGGCAGCUGGGCGCUGGCGGAAACGAGGAAAGACCGACUGAGCAGGGAGCGCGGCAACAGCGGCGCGGUGUGUGAUGCUGGCGUUUGGCUUGCAGAAGAUGCACCAGAGUCUAACAGACAGGGGCUGUUAGAAGGGGUGUCCUCAGAAAGAGACCAGGUUCUGGAAGUGGAACCUUGGGACAAAGAUGGACCACAGGGGCAGCUGAGAAUAAAGAGAGAAGGAAAGCAGAUACGGAGGAAGGAAUUGGUUGCCUGUCAGGGCAGAAACAUGUAUGAGAUCUCAGCGCAAAGCAAAACACAAAAAGAAAAUGGAGGGAAUAAGUGCUCCAUGAAAGGGCAAAGCUUAAGCUGUAUAUCCAGCAUUAAGACAGUACAGAAGAUUCGCACAGGCAAAAAAACAUAUAGCUGUCUGGAGUGUGGUAAGACCUUCUCUUGGAAUUGCUGCCUAACUGAACAUCAGAAGGUUCACACAGAGGAGAAGCCAUAUAAAUGUUCAAUGUGUGGAAAAUCCUUCAGUCGGAAGGUCCACCUUAGUGUACAUCAAAGGAUGCACACAGGAGAGAAGCCAUAUAAAUGUCUGGAGUGUGAGAACAGCUUCAGUCGGAAACACCAUCUUAUUACACAUCAACAUAUUCAUAGUGGGGAGAAGCCAUACGAGUGCUUGGAGUGUGGGAAGAAUUUCCGGCAGACAUCCAGUCUUAUUGUCCAUCAACGUGUUCAUACUGGGGUGAGACCAUAUGAGUGUUCGGAGUGUCAGAAGAGCUUCUCUCAGCUUGGCAGCCUCAAAGAACAUCAAAGAAUUCACACUGGGGAAAAGCCAUAUAAGUGUUCGGAGUGUGGGAAGAGCUUCUCUCGGCUUGGCAUCCUCAAAGACCACCAAAGAAUUCACACCGGGGAAAAGCCAUAUAAGUGUCUGGGGUGUGGAAUAAGCUUCAGUCAUAAAAGCAACCUUACUAUGCAUCAACGUGUUCAUACUGUGGAAAAGCCAUACGAGUGCUCAGAGUGUGGGAAGAAUUUCCGGCAGACAUCCAGUCUUACUGCACAUCAACGUGUUCAUACUGGGGUGAGACCAUAUGAGUGUUUGGAGUGUCGGAAGAGCUUCUCUCAGCUUGGCAGCCUCAAAGAACAUCAAAGAGUUCACACCGGGGAAAAGCCAUAUAAGUGUCUGGAGUGUGGGAAGAGCUUCAGUUGGAAAAAGAGCCUUACAACACAUCAACGCGUUCAUACUGGGGUGAGGCCAUAUGAGUGUUCGGAGUGUAGGAAAAGCUUCUCUCAUCUUGGCAGCCUCACUAACCAUCAAAGGAUUCACACUGGGGAAAAGCCAUGUAAGUGUCUAGAGUGUGGGAAGAGCUUUAGACAGAAAAGUACUUUUAGUAGACAUCAAAGGAUUCACACAAGAGAGAAGCCAUGUGAUUGCUUGGAGUGUAGCAACUGCUUCUCUUCAAAUUGCCACCUUACUGAACACCAGAGAAUUCACACAGGGGAGAAGCCACAUAAAUGUCUAGAGGGUGGGAAGAGCUUCAGUUGGAAAGAGAGCCUUACUACACAUGAACGUGUCCAUACUGGGGAGAAGCCAUAUGAGUACUUCAAUUGUGGGAAGACUUUCUCUAACCUUGGCAGCCUCACUGAACAACAAAGAAUUCACACCGGGGAAAAACCAUACAAAUGUCUAGAGUGUGGGAAGAGCUUCAGUCAGAAAAGCCACCUUAUUAGACAUCAAUCUGUUCAUACUGGGGACAAGCCAUAUGAGUGCUCAGAGUGUGCGAAGAACUUCUCUCACAUUAGUUACCUCACUAAACAUAAAAGAAUACACACAGGGGAGAAGCCAUAUAAGUGUCUGGAGUGUGGGAUGAACUUCAGUCAGAAAAGCAGCCUUAAUAGACAUCGAAGUGUUCAUACGGGGGAGAAGCCAUAUGAGUGCUUUGAUUGUGGAAAGAGCUUCUCUGACCUUGGCAACCUCACUAAACAUCAAAGGAUUCACACUGGGGAAAAGCCAUACAAGUGUCUAGAGUGUGGGAAGAGCUUCAGUCGGAAAACACACCUGAUUACACAUCAACGUAUACAUACUGGGGACAAGCCAUAUGAGUUCUCAGAAUAUGGGAAGAGCUUCUCUCACCUUGGCAGCCUCACUGAACAUCAAAGGAUUCACACCAGAAAGAAGCCAUAUAAUUGUCUACAGCGUGAAAUGAGCUUCAGUCUGGAAAAUAGACUUAUUACACAUCAGCGUGUUCAUACUGGGGAGAAGCCAGCUAAAUGUGUAGAGUGCGGAAAGAGCUUCUCUUGCCUUGGCAGCCUCACUAGACAUCAAAGGAUUCACACCAGGGAAAAGCCAUAUAAGUGUUUAGAGUGUGGGAAGAGCUUCUCUCAAGUUGACAAACUUACUCAUCAUCAAAGUAUCCACACUGGGGAGAAGCCCUAUAAGUGCUUUGAGUGUGGGAAGAGCUUCAGUCGGAAAAGCCACCUUACUACACAUCAACGUGAUCAUACUGGGGACAAGCCAUAUGAGUGUUUAGCGUGUGGGAAGAACUUCUCUCACAUUGGUUACCUCACUAAACAUCAAAGAAUACACACUGGAGAGAAGCCCUAUAAGUGCUUUGAGUGUGGGAUGAACUUCAGUCGGAAAAGCAGCCUUACUAGACAUCGACAUGUUCAUACUGGGGAGAAGCCAUGUAAAUGUGUGGAGUGUGGGAAGAGCUUCUCUUACCUUGGCAACCUCACUAAACAUCAAAGGAUUCACACUGGGGAAAAGCCAUACAAGUGUCUAGAGUGUGGGAAGAGCUUCAGUCGGAAUAGCCACCUUACUACACAUCAACGUGUUCAUACUGGGGACAAGCCAUAUGAGUGCUCAGAGUGUGGGAAGAACUUCUCUCAACUUGGCAGCCUCACUGAACAUCAACGGAUUCACACCAGGAAGAAGCCAUAUAAGUGUCUACAGUGUGAAAUGAGCUUCAGUUGGAAGCAAAACCUUAUUUCACAUCAACGUGUUCAUACUGGGGACAAGCCAUAUGAGUGCUCAAAGUGUGGGAAGAGUUUCUCUCGCCUUGGCAGCCUCACUAGACAUCAAAGGAUUCACACCUUGGAAAAGCCGCAUAAGUGUCUAGAGUGUGGGAAGAGCUUCUCUCGAGGUUACGAACUUACUCAUCAUCAAAGGAUCCACACUGGGGAGAAGCCGUAUAAGUGUCUAGAGCAGUGA